GGCGGAGCCUCCGUGUGUGCGUCGGCGGCGCGGCAGCGCGCGGGUCGCCCGUUACUCGGCGGGGCCGUUCCGCGAGGGGUUGCCAUGGCGAAGACGGUGGCCUACUUCUACGACCCGGACGUGGGGAACUUCCACUACGGAGCGGGACAUCCCAUGAAGCCUCAUCGCUUGGCACUGACCCACAGUCUGGUUCUGCACUAUGGACUCUAUAAGAAGAUGAUUGUAUUUAAACCAUAUCAAGCAUCUCAGCAUGAUAUGUGCCGCUUUCAUUCAGAAGAUUACAUUGACUUCCUUCAGCGAGUGUCUCCAAAUAACAUGCAAGGAUUCACCAAGAGUCUCAAUGCUUUCAAUGUGGGGGAUGACUGUCCAGUGUUCCCAGGGCUGUUUGAAUUUUGUUCUCGAUAUACUGGGGCUUCAUUGCAAGGAGCAACACAACUGAAUAAUAAGAUCUGUGAUAUUGCAAUAAACUGGGCUGGAGGUCUGCACCAUGCCAAGAAGUUUGAGGCUUCUGGGUUUUGUUAUGUCAAUGACAUUGUGAUCGGCAUCUUGGAGCUUCUCAAAUAUCACCCACGUGUACUGUACAUUGACAUAGAUAUCCAUCAUGGAGAUGGUGUUCAGGAGGCUUUUUAUUUGACAGACCGUGUCAUGACGGUGUCCUUUCACAAAUAUGGAAACUACUUCUUCCCUGGUACAGGUGACAUGUACGAAGUGGGAGCUGAGAGUGGCCGUUAUUACUGUCUGAACGUACCUUUGCGUGACGGCAUUGAUGACCAAAGUUACAAACACCUCUUCCAACCAGUCAUUAAUCAAGUUAUAGAGUUCUACCAGCCCACGUGCAUAGUGCUGCAGUGUGGUGCUGACUCGCUAGGUUGUGAUCGUCUUGGUUGCUUUAACCUCAGCAUAAGAGGACAUGGGGAAUGUGUAGAAUAUGUAAAGAGUUUCAACAUACCCCUUCUGGUGUUAGGAGGAGGUGGCUACACAGUUCGCAAUGUGGCCCGGUGCUGGACUUAUGAAACAUCAUUACUUGUAGAUGAAGCAAUUAGUGAGGAGCUUCCAUAUAGUGAGUACUUUGAAUACUUUGCUCCAGACUUUACCCUCCACCCUGAUGUCAGCACUCGAAUUGAAAAUCAGAACUCGAGGCAGUACUUAGAUCAAAUUCGGCAAACUAUAUUUGAGAAUUUGAAGAUGCUGAACCAUGCACCCAGUGUCCAGAUCCAUGAUGUCCCUUCUGAUUUGCUGAAUUAUGAUCGCACAGAUGAGCCGGAUCCUGAAGAGAGAGGUUCUGAGGAGAACUACAGCAGGCCGGAGGCUUCAAAUGAGUUCUACGAUGGUGACCAUGAUAACGAUAAAGAAAGUGAUGUGGAGAUAUGAUGCCUGAAUCAUGGGAGUGUGAACAGUGUGGAGGCCACAGGAUGGUGGUGCUAUAAGGAUGCAGCAGGUUCCAGUGCAAAGCCUCUCUCCUGUUGCUAAGUGAUGGCAGCAGGACUGCUGAAUCAUGCAAUUACUGGGGCGCAAAAGACAUUGAGAGGUUUAUGGUCCUCCCAGAGCCUUUCCCACCCCUUGAGACUGUGCCUUUGCCACUGUUUGUGGAAAAAGAAUUUCAUAAUUUCAUGUUCACACAAGUCUGUUUCACUGCCGUGUGACCAGCUGUGGGUUUCAUUCUGCAGUGACUUUGUCUCCCUUGCAGACAACAAGAAGCACUGUUGCACUUGGACAUUUCUUCUGACUUCUUUGGAAACAGGUUUGUGUAUGUGAGGUGUUCUGCUGAAGCAGCUGGUUUUAAAUCCAAAAAAAGCUGCAUUGUAAAAGUCAUUCGUUUGCCAGUUUUUCAGCCAACUGGAGUCCCGUGUUAAAGUAAAUCAGAUAAAAAGGGAGAACCAGAUAAUGGUUAAUAUUUUGCUGAGCCAGUAAUGGAGGUUGGAACGGUCAGUUUUGCAGCUGACCCAACAAUGCUGGUUUAUUUAGCACCGUUUUCUUCAUAGGAGGUUAUUUUUGUAGCAGCUCAUUUUCUAAAUCAGGGCAUGUUGAAAAAAACUUACCCGUAUGGGAUAUUUGAGGGGCAGAAGGCUGGGGUGGGUGGGUGUUGUUUCUUAAUAUUUCCUCUGGUCACACUGCGUACUUGGUACCAAAGUGACAUCCC